ACCAGAUGGACCAACACUCUCUGCUGACUAUAGUUCCACUUGUCUCCAAAUUCCACUUAGUUUAGGAAAAGUUGAGAUAUCUCUGUUUUCCAUUUAAACGGAAAGUAAUUAGUCAGAAAUCCUAUACGCAGUGGAGGGCACUCUCAGACAGACAAUGACUGUUACCACAUGGUAUUGACAUUUUGUCGAUAGUACCUCUGGUUUUUGUGCAACAGACAUAUGUACUUUGGAAUUUUGUUCGUAUUAUCUGCAUUUUUGUUAGUACGUAUUGGCAAAAAAAUUCCUACAUAAUUUUAUGCAGUAAAUUGUUUGUAUCUAAAAAGUAAAUACUAAGUAUUAUUGUUGUAGCCUGCAGUACCUAGUUACUGACGAUAAAGUCAACAAGAGGCUGAGAGUGGGGAUAUCAUGGCAAAUAAAAAUUAACUGACUUUCCCGCAAUGUUUGGUCUCUGUACGACUCUUUAGCAAGGAUUAGAAGCGUUUCAAAUCAGAAAACUGAGCUUUCUCCGGAUGGGUCAGGGUCACGUGACGUGAGUGCAAGAGUCGACGACUGUCGGAGUCGUUUCUUUAAGUCACGUCGGCAGAGGUUAUCGUAUUACAAUUCCAAUUCCCGCGUCGAGCUUUAUUUGGGGAGAAAGGGGAAAGCGCUAUAUAAUAUCGGCAUCGUCGUGAAUCGAUUGAGAAGGCAGACGGGGCUGGCAGUAUCAGCUCCACUCAGAGCAUUCCGAGUCAGCAUUGUACCAAGAUGCUUCUGCUCGUGUGGAUGCUGCUCUCACCAGGUGCGCUGGCUGCAGGGCAGCUCGCUCCCAGCCGUCUGGUCCCUUGGCCAUCGUGGAUCGGGACCUGGCUUGCCGACGUGGCUGACGAGGCAGACAUCCACCCCGAGGAUCGACAGUGCGCUGCGGAUAGCCGCCUGGUCAUGGAACAUUUUCACAACCACUCGGCUUGGGCCGCGAGAAUGCUGGACGCCAGCAGCGCGGGCCCUUCGCCGGGCCUGCUGCGCGGCGUGACGGACAGCCUGGGCGACUUCGACGAGUGCCUGGGCUUGGCCUGGCCGCACGCCACCGCUGCACCCGUGGAGCCGCAGUACUGCCUGGUGACGCUGCGCACCGACCCCUUCCGCCCCUCCACCGCCUCGGGGACCGCAGCCUGGGGCACCGUGGAUCACGUGGGCCCCUACGCCAACGUCCACGCCAUGAUGAAGGGCCACGGGCAGCACCGUGCCGUGGUCCCGCUGGGCAGGCUGCGCUUCGGCGUGUGCCUGCCGGCGUCCUGCUCCGCCGAGGCCGUGAACCGCGCGGCGCGGCGCCAUCCCCAGUCGGACGGGGACACGUAA